AUGGCUACCAUUACCGAGUCAUUGCCAAUUCUCGGGUAUAUCACGGCGUUGGCUCACCAGCUUGCUGGCAAUGCGGAGCAAAGCCACCGGGCUGUGUCUAAAGCAACUGGCUCUACCGUUAUCUUUACGGCAUGCUUUCUGACUGGGCUAACUACAGGGAAUCCAUGGAUAAUCGGCUUGACUGCCGCCUCUAUAACGCCAUUCGCCAUCCGAGUCGAAAGGUCCAUCCAAUUGGGCAUCUCGGUUGACAACAUCAGAACUGAGGAGGACGCAGAAAGGUUCGUUCGUGAUUCAAUCAUCAAUGCCGUGUCCGCAUCUGCUGGUACCUAUCUUGCGAAAUAUAUCACUAUACACAAGGAAGCCAUAAAGCAGAAAGCGAGGGAAACUUUUACUAGUGUGCAGCAAAAGCUAGCACCGGCUUCUCAGACUUCCGGAAGUAAUGCGCUAGGGUCAAUGGCGAUUGAUUACGCUAGUGGAAAUCUGGUGUCUCUUGGUCUCAACGAGGCAGCAUCAUCUCUGGCAUGGAAUGACCGCUUCGACCGAACAAGAGAUAAUAUCCAUAAAACCUUGGUGCAUUCUUCCCCUGCUGGACUGGGUGUUUAA